AUCUGCCUCAUGAGGAACACCUCCAAUAGAUACUUCGACAGCUUUCGCAAGAGCCCUUUCUUGGUCAAGGGCACAACGUGGGUCGGUUACGAUGAUCGUGAAAGCCUCAAGAUUAAAGCUGAAUGGUGCAGCCAAUUGGGAGUAGCUGGCCUCAUGUUUUCUGGCCUUGAUGAAGACGAUUUUACUGGAACGAUGUGCGGUGAAGGACAGUACCCACUUCUAUCGACCAUGAAAAGCUUUUUCUCUACAGACAAGGUCACGCCUACCGUCAGCAGACCCUCCACGUUUGCCUUCAGCGGAACCACACAGUUUUCAAACAACGAAAAGGAACCAUUAAUGAAGAGCUAUAACAUCUUCAAAUUCUUUGUUUAUCUGCUCGUCUUUCUAAGUGGAUGUCUUAUUGGUUAUAUCAUUUUAUGUGUUUGGAGGAGAACACAACAAAGCUCAUCACAAUAA